UUUGGCUCAAGCCUGUCUGGCUCAGUGGCGCCGGCCUUCGUCGGUGGCACGCGACGAGAAAUCCGGCAAUCUGUCGAUGCCCGCGGCCGCCUGCCCCCCUCGUCUCCGAUGACCCUCCUCGCUGGUGGCCCGGGGCGGCUGCGAGGCGGUUUGGCUCGAGCCAAUUGCGGAGGCAGACGCGGCCUGCUUGUUGACGGCAGGGGCGGUCCGCAUGUUCGCGGAGGCGGAGUAAUUCCACGUGGACGCGAGCAAGGGUGCCGAGACCGAGUGCGAGGAGGCCGAGGCUCGAGGCCCCGUACCCCCUCCCCGCGGGCGACCACUGGGUGGGCGCCAUUGACCGCGCGUGGCUCAUCGGCGGCGACGCGUGCUGUCGGCUCGAGGGCGACAUCAAGACUGAGGUCGACGUCGUGAGCAGCGCUGAGUUCCAGGAGCCGCUUGUGGCCGAAGGCGAGGUCGCCGAGGAGGACGAUGCGAUCGGGGUCGACGGCGUCAAGCAGGUGCUCGAGGGCGGCUUCGGGACCGAGGCCGACGUCACAAGCAGCGUGGCGCUCGCGGUGCCGCUUGUGGCCGGGUCCGAGGGCGAGGCCGGUAAGGAGGUCGUCGUGAUCGAGGUCGGCGGCCUCGGGCAGGCGUCCGAGGGAGGCUUCGGGACCGAGGUCGACGGCGAGAGCGGCGCGGCGUACGCGGAGCCGCUCGCGGCCGAGCCCGAGGGCCAGGCUGCCAAGGAGGACGUCGGAAUGGAGGUCUGCCCAGCUCGUGAUGGCGUGAAGGUCUCGAAGCAGCAGGUGGCUUGGGCCGCGGGCGCGCGCGGGCCCCGCAAGCGCUGGGCUGACGACCUCAGUGACCCGGGCGGCAGCGUGGAAUUGCCAGAGUUGCUAGCGUGGCCGACGCUGGGCGGCGAGUCGGGCGGCCUGGCCGAGCACGUGCGCUCGCGCGUGGUGCCGAACCAGGCCGCCUCCCAGAUGGCGGCGGGGGUGGCGGCCAUGCGGAAGCUAGCCGAGGACGGCGGCCCACGGCGUGCCGACCCAGGGAAGAGGCAGGAGACGAGGGAGAAGUCCCGGGGAGAGUACGGUCGCGAAGUUGCGCCCCCGGAGCGUUCCGGGAAGAGCCCGCCGGAACGUUCUGAGGACGGGUGUGCGGAGCGGGGUGGGGGGAGUUCCAAGAAGGUCGACGACGCGACGGGCGAAGGCCGCUGGAGCGGCAUUUCGAACCCGUCAAGGAGGCGAUCGAUGUUGCUCUAGGAGCAGGUGCCGUGCGAGAAAGGCGAGCGUAAGGCGGAGCGCCUCAGGCUCGUCGCCGCGCGCCGAGGCGCGCUUGGCCGAGACCGCCGCAGAGCUGAGAGCUCCGUCGCGCGUGAAAAUGAUCUACACAAUUUUCUGGAUUGCGCUCGUGCCGAGUCGUUUCGCGAUUGCACGGCGUCUGAUUGAUGUGGCGGUGCCCAUAGAGUGUUGCGCGCUGUUGCUGCUGAGGUGGCCCAGAAACGUUGGUGUCAGAGCACUCGGGCAUAGCA